UUUUACUCCAAUAUUGAUGACUGAAAUUGAUAGUAUUUUUGCGCAUUGUCCGGCAACGCUUAUUGGCGUCUUUGUCGUCGCAUUAUAUGCACCGCCUUUGGAUCAAGCAAAGCGUUUCAAUUCUUCAGUUACGGUCGAAAUAAGCAGACAUUUUUGUUUGAAACACUGUGGAGUGUGAAGAGAAAACGAAUAUAGAAAAGAAAGUUUUUGGAGUUGUUUCGAAAUUCGGGUGAAAAGUGAUAUUUAAUAUAAAGACGCCGAAUAGAAUUAAGUAUAAUAUAAUCUAAAAGGAGCAGGCGUCAAAAAAGACAACAUGGGUAAAACUCAAAGCAAACGUUCAGUUGAUAUAACCACCGAAGCCAAGAAGAAUCCAGAUGAAGAUGUUACCGGCAAAUUGGAAAAAAUUGAAGAUCUCGAUCAAAAGCAGGUGAAUGGCGAUGCAAGUUCUCAGGAGAAUGUUGAAACGGAGGCAUUACAGAAAAAAGAUGGUGAUGAAACUGAAAAUGACAAAGAUUUGACAACUGAAAAGAGUGGUGGCGAUAGUGGUGCACAAGAUGGUGGUGGUGAUAGUAAUACGGGACAAAGUAAUGCAAGUGCUGCGGAGUCUGCUUCCAAGGAAGACGAAUCAACUGGCCCAAAGGAUGGUGAUAAAAGCACUGAAGAAAUUUCGCCACUCUCUGAUGAGAACAGCAAAAAGCCCAAGAAGGAGAAGGUUAAAAAGAAAUGGUCUUUCCGUAGCAUUUCAUUUGGAAAGAAGGAUAAACAAAAGCCAGCUAAGGCCGAGGAUGCAGCAACUGAUAAUGCAGCAGCAGCUACAAAUGGUGAUGCCGCCGCAGCACAAGUGGGUGAUGGUGCUGCCACUGAAGAGACGGCUGAAAAAGUGCAAAAAGAUGGAGCUGCCGGCGAUGCUGAGGAGAAGGAUUCAAAUGAGAAGCCAACUGAAAACGGCGAAAGCUCUGAGAAAGAACUGAAUGGCGAAAAGACGUCAACAUCAACUACACCAAUUGAGGAGCAGCCUGCUAAGGAGAUCACUUCCAACGAAAAUACCACCGACAUCACAAACAACACCACCGAAACAACAAGUUCAGUUUUAAUUGAGAAUAGCUCAACCACUGCCACUGAAAAUAAUCAGACUGAGAAGCAAACUACUAGCACUGCCACUAAUUUAGCCGCAGAGACUCCUGAAAGUGCACCUACUAACGUGAGUAAUGGUGAUGCAAUCGAAAAUAACGGCACUGAAACGUUAUCGACAGCCGAUGACCAGAAAGAUCAAGCUAUAGACAAAGCAGCGGACUUGAUGGGGAAAACGUCUGACGUUGCCGAAAAAAUGAAAAGCAUUCCAAAUGUUGUAAACGAGAUGUCCGAUAACAAUGGUGUACAUCAAAAUGGUACGAGCGCUAAUGGUGAAGAACUCGAAACUGAAAAUGAGUCCAAAUCACAAGUUGAGGUAAUAUUCCAAACAGAUAAAGCUGCCCUCACAGAUGAAUUAGUUACUUUGAAUACCGCUACUACUUCCUCCUCACCCAAAACAACCCCUAUUUUAAUCCCUGACCCCACCGACACCACCGAAUCGACGUUGAACGAAAUUAGCGAAAAAGUCGAAAUAACCAACGAAAUCAUGAAUACAGAUUUGACUGAAAACAAAUUAGAAGAAGCAGCAGUGAUCGCUGUAGUCGACGUAGCAGCGAAGGUGAUCGAUCCUGCAUCAACAGCUACAGUUUCAGUCACAGAACAAACUGAAGUCCCUAAUGUUGAUGCAUAUAACGUAGCGCCGAACCAGCUUGAAGCGCCAGUUGACACACCUGCAGAUCAAACCCCCACUGUUUGCGAAACUGCAGAUAAAAGCGAAGAUUUAAUUGCAGCUGUAAGUGCAACGUCCACGGCUAAUGAAUCCCCAAAACCUCCUCCGCUACCUGUUUCCCCUCCACCUUCACAAGUAUCAGUUUUUGCGUUCAAUGAUAAUAAUCAAGCUGAGGAAGAAGGUAUCUGUGACACUUCAACGCAUAUUGUUGCUGAAAACGAAACGUCAGAGUCACCAAUAUCCGCCACACCACAACAAAAAGAUCUCGAUGACAUACCGAAUUCGCAAAUUUGCACAGAGGAUCCCCAACCUAGCACUGAGGAGCCACAACCAUGCGUUGAGGAUCCCCAACCUUGCACUGAGGAUCCCCAACCUUGUAUUGAGGAGCCCCAACCGUGCACUGAGGAUCCACAACCUUGCACUGAGGAUCCCCAACCUUGUAUUGAGGAGCCCCAACCGUGCACUGAGGAUCCACAACCUUGCACAGAUGAUUCACAGCCUUCUGUUGAUGAAGCCAUCAAUAAUGAAGAGAUUAAGACCGAGACUGCUUCCUCUUUAACGGAAACUGCACCUGUAACAUCUGCGCAAAGUGUUGAAUGUGAAUCCAACACGGAAACUACUACCGAUGUGACUGAGCAAAGUAAAGUUUUUGAAGCGCCAGAAAUUACUCUUGAAAAAGUGGAAGAAAUUCAGAAUAACGUAUUGACAGUCGAGAAGGAUGUUAUCGCAAGCGACAUUUCUAAUACGACAGAGGAAGUUGUAAGAGUGCCGGAACAAAGUAUCGAUAACACUGAAGACCAGUUUGUAAUGGCGGCCACAGCAGUCGUUAAUGAGAUAACCGAAAAAGCUGUAGAGCUAAUACAACAACAAAAAGAUAAUGAAGAACAACAGCCGAAUAUAAAUGAAACAAACGAUAUCCAAACAACAACUGAAGAUAUUAAGACUGAUAAUGAAGAUAUUGAAUUGAAACCAGCUGAGGAUGCCAUUGAAAGUAAUGGAGUUUCCAUGCAUGUGAAGGAUGUCUCUAUGGAUGAAAUUAUUGAGAAAAUGGCAUCGUCAAAUAUUAAUUGCGAGAAUACAGAUGCUGAUAAGCAUACACAGAUAACUAUUGAGUCGCAUUUACACGAGAGCCUAAAAGUGACUGAUAAGCAUAUAGUGGAGGAGGAAAAAGACUUCGAUACACAAAUGUGUAGUCAGGCUGUGGUCAGCGUUGAUGAACUACAAAAUUAAUGUUCAAACGACAAAGAAACAAACAAAAAUACAUAUAUAUUAUAAUAACGAACUAUAAAUACAGCACUUUAUAAAAGAUAUGAUUAAAUUCGAAUACGAAACGAAAACAAUUGCCGUUUGUGCAUCCAAGGUGAAUACCAAAAUUCCAAACUAAAUAGACUAAUCGCAUUGUAAGAGGUUUAGAAAAAAUUCAAACCGAAUGACAUUGUUUGCUAGAAAUAAAACACAUACAUGCAUAUAUAUAGAUCAUAUGCCAUUUUGUUGUAUUUGCUUUUCGAUAACUGAUUGCAUGGUUCAUAGCGCUGUUAUACGUAUUAGAUGAAUUGAUUGGCUGAUUGAUUUAAAGAAAACCACAAAAUAUUCACAUUUCGGCUAACAACAACGAAAUACCUAAUAAUGUCGUGUUAAUUUAGUAGCGCAUAAUACUUACUUGAAACUACAAAUAUGUCAGAUAAUUUCAACAUUUAGAAAAAUAUAUAUAUUAAUUGUUUGAGUAACUAAUUGGUUUGAAUUUCAAAAAAAAAAAAAGAAAAUAUUAAAUUAAGUAUUAAUUUGUUUGAAAGCUGAAAUUCACUAACUCGAAUCGCUAUAAUCCACAAAAAAACUUCCGAGUUAUGGAAGGUAAUUUGUAUGAAAUUUGACUUCUAUUGCCAAUUCAACUAUAACUUCGAGUUAUGGAAGUUCAACUGUGCUAGCAUAUUGUAAAUCAACAGUUUUAUACGCGGCAAAAAAAAACGUUGAAAAAAUUAAUUGGUCAACAAUUCAUUCGUAAAAUCGUUACUAACCAACGCCUUUUUAUAACAUUUUCGAUAUACGCAACAAAGUAACAUUUUAAAGAUGUGUAAUUAACAAAUUUUUUUAUAAUACAUAAAAUAUAUAUUUCCUUUCGAAAAAUAAUGCUGAAAAUACUACAUAAAAAUUCUAAACGUAUGCUUUUAUGCAAAAUGUAGUUACGUUUUUUUAUGUUCUCUGAUUUAUUUGUUUAUAAUUUAUUUGAAAAUACGAAUUUGUCUAAACCGUUUUUAAAAAUUUGUAUAUACCUAUUAAAAUCACCUUAUGUUUCUCUUGUCAAACAAAAUUAAAAUUAAUAAAAAUACAACUUUCGAACUUAUAUACAUGUUUCUACGAAUAACUGUACGCAUUUCAGUAAUGCCCUGCACCAAUGCAAUCACUCAUAUUAAACGUUAAGAAACAAAAAACAAAAAAUGAAAUAAAACAUAUUCAAAUGUGCUGUAUUCUAUGCGCCUUACUAGCUCAUCACGUGAGUGUCUUAUUUUUUUACACAUUUACAUGUGCUAACUAUUUGAUUAGUGCCAAACUCCUAGACGCCCUUCCCUUCUCUAUAUUUUAACAUUUUUGUAGACAUAACUUUGACGCAUUAUUCAUAUGUUAAAUUUUAAAUAUGGUAACGUUUUAUUUUAUGUUUAUGUUUCAUUUAAAUAAAAUUACAUCAAGUUUGCUCUUAUAAAAA